AUGCAUGUUAAGUGCUGUGAAUGCUUGUGAAGUUUGUGAUUAUAGGACUUGUUAGCAGGCCAGUUCUUGGUAAGCAGUUAGCUGCGUAUUAUUAAAGCGGAAACGGACGUUCCAGUGCGCAUGUACGCGCUUCCAUUAUUAUCAACUAACGUUACGCUAUCUGCGCGCGAGCGAUGUCGAUUAUAAUGCAGCGUACUGGUUUAGCUUCGCUAGCAGUGUACAGUGUAGCGUGUUUUCAAAUGUCACCUUGACUGAAUUGUGUCAUAUUAAAGCCAGUGUGAUGUUUGACCGAAGGCCAGCCUUGAAAUAUUACCAGAUGUACAUCAGCUAAUGUUGGAAUAUCCGGGAUGUUUCGCAAAGGAUGUAAACAUUGGCGCAAGACUCCCGAAGGGAGGCAACAAUGCAGGACACACGGUUGUGGUUGAUUCAGUGGAAUAUGACUUCCACCUUCUACCCAGUGGGAUUAUCAACCCUAAGGUCACUGCCUUCAUUGGUAAUGGUGUAGUCAUUCACCUGCCGGGUCUCUUUGAGGAGGCUGAGAAGAAUAUGCUGAAAGGAAAAGGUCUGGAAGGCUGGGAGAACAGGCUCAUCAUCUCUGAUCGGGCACACAUUGUGUUUGAUUUCCAUCAAGCUGUGGAUGGAGUCCAGGAACAGGAGAGGCAACAGCAAGCUGGCAAAAAUUUAGGAACAACUAAAAAAGGAAUCGGCCCAGUGUACUCAGCCAAAGCAGCUCGCAGUGGCCUGAGGAUAUGUGACCUUCUGGCUGACUUUCAGGAGUUCUCAGAGAGAUUUAAACAUUUGGCCUCGCAGUAUAAGUCUAUGUACCCUUCACUGGAGAUUGAUGUGGAUGGAGAACUUGAGAAACUCAAGACGUAUGUAGACAGGAUAAAGCCCAUGGUGAGAGAUGGAGUCUUCUACAUGUAUGAGGCUCUACACGGGCCUCCAAAAAAGAUUCUAGUGGAAGGUGCCAAUGCUGCCUUGCUGGACAUUGACUUUGGAACAUAUCCGUUUGUGACCUCCUCAAACUGCACUGUGGGAGGGGUGUGUACGGGACUGGGCAUGCCGCCGCAGAACGUGGGUGAAGUCUAUGGAGUUGUCAAAGCCUACACCACGAGGGUUGGGAUUGGAGCUUUCCCUGCAGAACAGAACAAUGAAAUUGGAGAGCUCUUGCAGUCGAGAGGCAAGGAGGUGGGCGUGACCACAGGGCGCAAAAGGAGAUGUGGUUGGCUGGAUCUGAUGCUUAUCAAAUACGCCCACAUGAUUAAUGGCUUCACAGCCAUAGCUCUCACCAAACUUGACAUCUUGGAUGUGCUUCCUGAGAUCAAAGUUGGUGUUGCAUACAAAGUAGAUGGUGAAAUCAUCCCACAUUUUCCAGCGAACCAAGAGGUGCUGCAGAAGGUUGAAGUGCAGUACGAGACUCUGCCGGGCUGGAAAACAGACACAUCUGCUGCCAGGACCUUUGAUGAGCUCCCAGAAAAUGCACAGAAAUAUGUCUACUACAUCGAAGAUCACUUGGGCGUGCCUGUGAAGUGGAUAGGUGUUGGGAAGUCACGGGAAUCAAUGAUCCAGCUCUUUUAAGAGGCUUCUUGGCCUGCAUGUAGCACUGGCUGGAUUACGCUCUGGACUCGGGGACGGAUAGUUGUCUCAUAUGAUUCCUCUCCCAUCUCACUUCAGUUUCUCCAUGACAAGAACAUCAUUUUGUGUCACUCAGCUCAGCGUACAGCCCUUUGAAAUUGAGUAUUUGUCAUAAAUAACAGCAUUCCUGUGGUAAAUCAAAAGGGCUUUUCAACUAGUUACUUUUUGGAAUCAUUUAACAGUUUCUCAUCUGCUUUCCAUUAUUCUCCUCUGGUAUUUUGAGCUCUCAUAAGCUCAGUAUCUCCAGCUCGAGUCCAUAUGCUGUACAUGUGCUACUACUUCAAACAGUCAGGCAUCAGUAGAGAUGUAUAUUGUUGUUAGAUGUUAAUAUUUCACACAGAUUUGGUAGAACGAUUACUUGUACAUGUUAUGUUAAAUGUUCUUUGUUUCUUUUAUCAUACUAGAAUCAACGGUUAUGCAGUGUGUACUACCACACUUCGUCCUUGUUUUAAGUGGACUUACUCAAGUCAACUUCAUUUAAACGUACAGUUUUUAAAAGAAAAUGUUUAUUUGACAGGUGCAUAAACGUGAAUCACUCGACUCAUUCGAUUCAAGAUUCAGUGAUUCUGAAUAAGAAUCAUGUACAGUAUUGUUCAAAAUAAUAGCAGUACAAUGUGACUAACCAGAAUAAUCAAGGUUUUUCGUAUAUUUUUUUUAUUGCUACGUGGCAAACAAGUUACCAGUAGGUUCAGUAGAUUCUCAGAAAACAAAUGAGACCCAGCAUUCAUGAUAUGCACGCUCUUAAGGCUGUGCAAUUGGGCAAUUAGUUGAAUUAGUUGAAAGGGGUGUGUUCAAAAAAAUAGCAGUGUGGCAUUCAAUCACUGAGGUCAUCAAUUUUGUGAAGAAACAGGUGUGAAUCAGGUGGCCCCUAUUUAAGGAUGAAGCCAACACUUGUUGAACAUGCAUUUGAAAGCUGAGGAAAAUGGGUCGUUCAAGACAUUGUUCAGAAGAACAGCGUACUUUGAUUAAAAAGUUGAUUAGAGAGGGGAAAACCUAUAAAGAGGUGCAAAAAAUGAUAGGCUGUUCAGCUAAAAUGAUCUCCAAUGCCUUAAAAUGGAGAGCAAAACCAGAGAGACGUGGAAGAAAACGGAAGACAACCAUCAAAAUGGAUAGAAGAAUAACCAGAAUGGCAAAGGCUCAGCCAAUGAUCACCUCCAGGAUGAUCAAAGACAGUCUGGAGUUACCUGUAAGUACUGUGACAGUUAGAAGACGUCUGUGUGAAGCUAAUCUAUUUUCAAGAAUCCCCCGCAAAGUCCCUCUGUUAAAAAAAAGGCAUGUGCAGAAGAGGUUACAAUUUGCCAAAGAACACAUCAACUGGCCUAAAGAGAAAUGGAGGAACAUUUUGUGGACUGAUGAGAGUAAAAUUGUUCUUUUUGGGUCCAAGGGCCGCAGGCAGUUUGUGAGACGACCCCCAAACUUUGAAUUCAAGCCACAGUACACAGUGAAGACAGUGAAGCAUGGAGGUGCAAGCAUCAUGAUAUGGGCAUGUUUCUCCUACUAUGGUGUUGGGCCUAUUUAUCGCAUACCAGGGAUCAUGGAUCAGUUUGCAUAUGUUAAAAUACUUGAAGAGGUCAUGUUGCCCUAUGCUGAAGAGGACAUGCCCUUGAAAUGGUUGUUUCAACAAGACAAUGACCCAAAACACAGUAGUAAACGGGCAGAGUCUUGGUUCCAAACCAACAAAAUUAAUGUUAUGGAGUGGCCAGCCCAAUCUCCAGACCUUAAUCCAAUUGAGAACUUGUGGGGUGAUAUCAAAAAUACUGUUUCUGAAGCAAAACCAAGAAAUGUGAAUGAAUUGUGGAAUGUUGUUAAAGAAUCAUGGAGUGGAAUAACAGCUGAGAGGUGCCACAAGUUGGUUGACUCCAUGCCACACAGAUGUCAAGCAGUUUUAAAAAACUGUGGUCAUACAACUAAAUAUUAGUUUAGUGAUUCACAGGAUUGCUAAAUCCCAGAAAAAAAAAAUGUUUGUACAAAAUAGUUUUGAGUUUGUACAGUCAAAGGUAGACACUGCUAUUUUUUUGAACACACCCCUUUCAACUAAUUGCCCAAUUGCACAGCCUUAAGAGCGUGCAUAUCAUGAAUGCUGGGUCUUGUUUGUUUUCUGACAAUCUACUGAACCUACUGGUAACUUGUUUGCCACGUAGCAAUAAAAAAUAUACUAAAAACCUUGAUUAUUCUGGUUAGUCACAUUGUACUGCUAUUAUUUUGAACAAUACUGUACAAUACACCCUGAAAAUGUAAAACGAUUGCAGUGGGUGUUUUCUGCUUCUCCAAAAAUAGGAGUCAAAUAUUGUGUUAAAGCAUCUUUGAAUAGAAAUUUAAUUCGCUCCGAAAAAUAGUAUAUAAUAAACAUAAGUAUAAUGUGCCUCAAGAAGCAUGUACUAUUAUACAGGCGGGGGUUUUGAUUCCAUUGAAUGUAUGUAAAUGUUUGCACAGUCCUCAGAUGUUAAUUAUUCAAUUGUACAACUUUAUGCCACAAGCAUAUUAAAGCCACUGUAAUGAGAUAUCAGUAAACUUGCCUUUCAAUAUAGAUGGUCAAAAUAUAGAUCCUUAAGAUGGUUAUGUGAAUUCAGACGCCACCUCUGUAAAACUCACUGAUGUAUGAACUACUUCUGCGGUUGUCAGCGUCUGCUUUUCUGACCUCCAGUACUACAUUUACAACCUUUCAAUGUUAAGAGAUGAUCUAAACAGCUGGGUUGUUUCAGAAACCCAGAUUUGCUUCUGUUUUGUCGCACCCUCUUUACUGCACCUUCCGAUAAGUAAUACAGGAUAACGUGUGCCUUGUUAACACAGAUGAACAGUGAAACUUGAAAACGAAUUCUUCAUUUGAUUGCGCUUUUAUGGAUUUUAACUGAUAAACCUCCUUUAGUUUCCGAGGGCAUUAUUGUCAUUAUUGCCAAAAGUGCACAUGCAUCCAAAGAAGUAUUUUAAUGGAUAAGUGAAUGCUGUGAUAUAAAGAGCCUUUGUAAAUGACCCAGAAUGAUAACUCAUUGUUUCUCACAUUGAUGACGGUGUGAUGCACUGCAUUUUCUUUUGCUCACAGCGGCUGAAUAAAUGAUGUAACCUGUGUGUUUGCUUAGUAGCAUCUAUUACACAUCAGUUAUCUUGUAUUAACAUAUUUCCUCUGCACAACAACAUUUCCUCUUUGCACAAACAUAACCUUUUCUGUUUAAGAAAUCUUUUACUGUUUCUGUGUUGUAUUACUGAUUAUUGGGUUUUCAUGUAUACAGAACACAAAGCCAUAUUAUCUUGAAUUCACACUUACUGUACACUUUGCUGGUGAUGGAUACUGACGGGUGUGCAUGGUCAUCUAGUGGAAUUUGCACCUAAACUCACUCCGGUUAAUAAAGUGAUAUAAUGAGAAACUUUCAA